AAGGUUGUUGAUUAAAGAUUUAGAUGCUCCUGGAAAGUGGCUAGCAGAGAGAUAUCGCCGUGUUCUCAUGAACAAAUUCUGCGGGAGGUAUUUAAGAGAGAAGCGUCUCCAUCAGUUUCUCAUCUUUCCCGACCCAGUUCAUGCUGCUGUUCAACAAGCCCUUCAUGGCCUCGCUGUAGGACGCCUCAUGUUUGAGGUUUUCGAUUUUGAGCAAACCCAACUUAAAGCUGUGACUCUGUGA